CUCAAUCACGUCUUGUCGUCGCUGUUCGGCAGCGAGCUUUCCUCCAUGAUUCGAUGUACAUAUUUGGAUUCGCAGACAAGCUGCUGCGCGUUCUCUUUCCAGUGGCUGUUUGCUUGACGGCAUAUCUAUACCUGUACCCAGUGUGCCAUGGUUGCGUCUUCCCUGCCAAAGAUGCUUCGACAGUAACAGCCUUCACACAGACUCUUCAGCAACACUGGCCGUUUCCCCACCGUUCAAAUGCGCGUCAAUUUCCUUCGAUCCCCUUUCGCUUGCUUGUCCUCGCUGAUCCUCAACUGGAAGGGGACAGCUCUCUUCCCAAGCCUGAAGAUGGAUUUCUACCAAAGUUGGCACGCCGUUGGGCGAAACUCCGCGGCGAUGACGUUCAUAACAUGAUACCGCAGCUUCUCGGUAAUGCAAAGGAGGUCUUGAUCGACGAUGUUCCAGCAGCGCUGCAGGCUUUGCGUAAACGGCUGGAUUUAUUGGGCAACGACUACUACCUGGGCCACAUCUAUCGAAUUCUGCAUUGGUGGACGGUCCCAAGCCAUGUCACCGUGCUUGGAGACCUAAUUGGAAGCCAAUGGGUUACAGAUGAAGAAUUCGAAUGGAGGGGUUGGCGAUACUGGAACAGAGUAUUCGUCAACGGGCAGAGGAUAGGGGACGAGAUUACGAGCUUGAGCCAGGAAGAGGAGGAGAUUGAUUUCAACAUGACCGAUGCGAGCUGGGCCAGGUACACUAUCAAUAUUGCAGGGAACCAUGAUAUCGGCUAUGCUGGAGAGAUAUCUCACGGCAGAGUGGAGCGAUUUGAACGAGUGUUCGGUAAAGCCAACUGGGAUGUCAGAUUUCAAUAUCCUGGGGGUGAUGUUCCCAAGGACGAGACGUCCCCAAUACCAUCAAUACACCUGAUCGUACUGAACAGUCUGAUCCUGGAUUCGCCAGCUUUUUCUGAUGAACUACAACGCGAGACAUUCGACUACCUCAAUAGCCUUAUAUCCCGUCGUCUGCGGCCUGUCGAGGAUCAAUCUUCGUUCACCCUACUUUUGACCCACCUGCCGUUGCAUAAGAAGGAGGGCACCUGCGUAGAUGCUCCUUUCUUCGACUACUGGGGUGAUGACGACGGUGGUGGUGUGUAUAAACCUCGCGGAAUCCGGGAACAGAAUCAUCUGAGUGCACACGUAAGCCAGCAAGGUACUUUGGAGGCUCUUUUCGGUAUGGGUGGUAAUCUAGACGCGCCAGCACAAGGCAAGGGCAGAUAUGGGCUAAUUCUGACUGGGCAUGAUCACGAAGGUUGCGAUGUCUGGCAUUACAUUCCUUCCAACACGACAUGGUCUGACUCGACAGAGCAUUCUGAAAAGGAUGGGAAAACGCACUGGGAAGCUGUUCCGUGGAGGGAAUUGAACCAGGCUGAUCAUCAUACGGGAGUCCGGGAAGUCACUCUUCGAAGCAUGAUGGGAGACUACGGCGGCAAUGCAGGGCUGUUGAGUAUGUGGUUCAACUUCUCGACUGGAGAAUGGGAGUACGCCAUUUCCAUGUGUGGAUUGGAUGUCAGAUUGUGGUGGGCAGUCCAUGUCAUGGACUUGCUUGUGCUUGCCUUGUUUUUGUCGUCACUGGUCAGCUUCAUAAUUCACACGCACUCUGAUGCCAAGCUGCAAAGAGUGAGCAAUAAGCAUGACGAACGAUCCUCGGACGCGUCCCAAACGUCUACAGAAAGCUCGGCAUCGAGGUCCUCAAAAGGCACGGCAAGGAAUGCUCCUGCAAAAUGAAGUUCUUCCUAAUGUUCGGUGCGUUUCUUGCGGAUGCAGAUCCUCCCUCCGUCGAUAGACGCCACCUGCACAGGAUGAAGCUCAGAGACACCUGCUCUCCAUGUUGGGCGAGGGUAAAAUCUAUACAGUCUCAAACUCACCAAGGUCCGUUACAAGAUCUUUCACAACCUGACUCCAUCCUUAACCGACUUUCACGUGGCCAUCAGCCGCAACAGGCUGAACCCCCCCUGCAGCAGACGUGAAAUCAUACUCAGUAAGAGAGAUAUCAUUUUCAGCACUCCGUCAUACUUCAGUCAAUGACCUUGAAGCCAUCGGUGAAAGAUGAUCACGGUGACUCAAUCCUUCUUAGAAUGGAGUGCAGGCAAGGAGGAGGAAUGACAGAAAUUCCUUGAUGAGCUUGGAAGGUUAACAAAGCAGAAGUUGAACGCAGUUGCAAGCAAUCGCGCCAUCAGAGAGACCAAGGCGACAUUGGCAUGAUCUGAGUCGGACAUGGCGAUGCCUCGCCCAUAUCCUCUGCUGAAUUGCUGCGAGCGAACCGACGAUAUCCAUGCUGUUGGAACAGGCAGUGAGAACGAGCGACGACAGCGACCGGAGUAUUUCAGAGUGACAAUCCCAAGGGAAUCUUUGAGACCUUCACAACUUCGAUUUGAAUAAGACCAUCCGAUCUUCUCAAUCAUCCACUUUCCUCUCUCUUCACAUGCCUUCUACAACUAUUGUCGUCUCUUUGACUACUACAUCCUAGCAUCAACGACCUAGGCGCUGUGAUCAUUCAAUAUGGUCUUCUUUAUCUUGUUCAAUCCUUUCCUCGACACCCCAUUGUCGUACCAUUGGGGACAGGAUAUCUACGAAGCAUGUCCAUUGUGCACCCGUGCUCACGAGUGUCGCACUUGCGACGGCGAGACUGAUGUCACAUUCAAGCUGUGUGAUCACCAUUGUAGUGUUGACGAUCUGACAUACGAC